AUGGUUAGGCACAAGAAGAACGAUGAGGAGGGUUCACCAGAUAAAAAAUCAAGCGCUAUCGGUGAUGUCCAUCGAAAGCUAGUGCAUGUUCGUUCCCGUAAGGAUCGCGUCAAUGAGGCAUUGGAGGCUUUACAGUCGUACACUGAGAAAGGUGGAAUACUUUGCAACAAGAACAAAGCCAAAGCACUCGCUCUUUACCAAACGCUGUUGAAAGCUUGCGAAAGCGAAGGAGAAUAUAUUAGAAGGCUUCUGAGCGAAAUUGAAAAGAUACGCAGAUCAGAGUUCAAAAAACAAGAUGAGAUCGGAACUAAAACGGCAUGCUUUGAUGCAGUUGAUCAACCUGCAGGUAUUAAAAAGACGUGCCAGGUUGUUGCAGUAAGCCCAACAGGCCGGUAUGAUGUGAAGGACGUUGACGAUGAACAAAAGGUUCGACUCACAAUGGCUCGUCGACGCCUCAUCCCACUACCGAAAUGGAGAGCUGAUCCUGAGAGGGAUGCUCAUGCACUGUUUCCUCUCGAAGCAAUCGUACUGGCAUUGUAUCCACAAACCACGUGUUUCUAUAAAGGAGUAGUCCAGAAAGUACCCCAACUCGUCGCUGAUGACUAUCUCGUUGCCUUCAAAGAUCCUUCCUACAGUACUGGAUACUCCCUCCGUUGCCUAUACCACAGCGAUACGUCGUGUCGUUCAAAGAGGUGA